AACUAGCUUCUUUCAAUUAUGGCAAAGAUGGAUUUUGUAUUUUUGUAAAAUCUGAUAUGAGAUAAGGAUGUCCUGCAAGACUUGUGCUUUGCCUGUUUGUCCUUUUCUGUCUCUGUUCUUUUCUGGUCUUUCUACUUAAAUUUCUUGAAAUCCUCCAAAGCUACGAUUGGGAUUCUCCACCUCCACCCAUAUCUUAUCAAAUCACCCAAUUAAGAGAGAUAUCGGAGCACGAAGGCCUCACUCUGAUAUCAUGCCGACCUUAAGAAGCAUUUUCCUUGUGUGCUUACUGGCUUUCCUGCUAAAAAUAUUUGUCUUCUCGCCCAUAUCUCUCUCUCCUGAGAUAAUCCAGUUUCCUCCUCCACCAUCGUCGCCGCUGCUCCUCUCCACCAACGAUUACUUACAGAGAGUGACCAAAGUUGGAGAAGGAACUCUAGAAGGCCCUGAAGGUUUAUACAUAGACAAAGAAGGCAUAAUUUAUACAGCUACAAGAGAUGGUUGGAUUAAGAGAGUGCAUCAAAAUGGUUCUGUUGAAGAUUGGAAGAUGAUUGGUGGCCAAAGUAUGCUUGGAAUCACAAUGUCAGCUGAUGGUAGUGUUCUUGUAUGUGAUGUUGACAAGGGCUUGCUAAAGGUUGACCACAACAGUGUAAAGGUCCUUAGUUCUCAUAUGAAUGGUACAAAAAUAAGAUUUGUUGAUGAUGUUAUUGAAGCGUCAGAUGGUACUGUGUACUUCAGUGAUGCCAGUACUAAAUUUGGAUUCCAUAAUUGGAUCCUUGACAUGGUUGAGGGAAUUCCUCAUGGGCGGCUUCUCAAGUAUGAUCCAAACACCAAGGAAACAACAAUGGUGCUGGAUGGUCUUGGAUUCGCAAAUGGUGUAGCACUCUCACAGGACCAAGAUUUUCUGGUUGUUUGCGAGUCAUGGAAAUUCCGGUGUAUGAAGCAUUGGCUGAAGGGAGAGGAAAGAGGGAAGACAGAGAUCUUCAUUGAAAAUCUUCCCGGUGGUCCUGAUAACAUCAAUCUUGCACCAGAUGGGUCUUUCUGGAUUGCCCUUCUUGAGUUGAGGACUAAUACAUGGUUAGACUUUGUGCACAAAUCAAAGUUAGCCAAGCACCUGGUCUCAAGUUUUCCAAAGCUGCUAGAACUACUGAAUGGAGCAAAGAGAAAAGCAAUGGCUGUGAAUGUCGGAACCAAUGGAGAGAUCAUUAGGAAGUUCGAUGAUCCAGAUGGAACGGUUAUGUCCUUUGUUACUACUGCUCUUGAGUUUGAGGGUCACCUCUACUUGGGAAGCUUGAACUCCAAUUUCAUUGGAAAAUUACAGUUGAAGCAAUCCAACCCUUCAGAAUGAAAAAGGAAAAGUUAUGCUGUUGUAGUAUCAGAUCUCCUUGGGGUUGGUAGGGUUAUUUCUAGCAAGGUUGGUUUUAACAGAUCAUGUAAGCAGAGUCAGAAUACAAAGCAGUGUCAGAGUACAAAUAAAUUAACAAAUAAGAUGGGACUCUCAAAUAAGAUCUAUUCUCA